AUGACCCCCGCCGCCGAGGACCACGAGCAACGACGGAACCAGCCGCAGAGACCCAAGACGGUCACUUCGACCGACGAGAUUGACAGCACCAUCACGAGGCCCGGCAGUGUCAAGAUCAACGUCAAGGGCGCCUUCAUCGUCGAUCCCGACACCUCCACGCCGGCUUCCGGCAAUGGCCUGGCAAACGGCGCCGGCAGUCCCGGGCACCACGAGACGAGCGAUAUUCGACUACCCAACCACACGGCUGUGGUGAGCCACAUCGCCGUUGAUAUCGGCGGCUCGCUCAUCAAGCUCGUCUACUUCUCGCGAGAGGCUCACUCGACCGAGCCCGGCGGCCGUCUCAACUUCCAGAGCUUCGAGACGGACCGCGUCGAUGACUGCGUCGAGCUCAUGAAGCACCUGCGCGACAAGCACCUCGAGCUCAACGGACCGCGGCCCGGCGAGCUGUGCGUCAUGGCCACGGGCGGCGGCGCCUACAAGUUCUACGACAAGAUCCGGGAUGCCCUGGGCGUCAACGUGCUGCGCGAGGACGAGAUGGAGUGUCUCAUCAUUGGCCUCGACUUCUUCAUCACCGAGAUUCCCCGCGAGGUCUUUACCUACUCCGAUACCGAUCCGAUGCACUUUGUCAGCCCUCGCGAGACCAUAUACCCCUACAUGCUCGUCAACAUUGGCUCGGGCGUGUCCAUGCUCAAGGUCACCGGCCCGCGCUCCUACCAGCGAGUCGGCGGCACUUCGCUCGGCGGCGGCACCCUCUGGGGCCUGCUCUCCAUGCUCACGAGCGCCCGCACCUUUGACGAGAUGUUGGACCUCGCAGGCCACGGCGACAACGCAAAGGUCGAUAUGCUCGUCGGCGACAUAUACGGCACCGACUACGGCAAGAUCGGCCUCAAGAACACGGCCAUUGCCUCGUCGUUUGGGAAAGUCUUUCGCAUGAAGAACGCGGCCGAGGCUGCCGCCGCCGACGGAUACGGGGGCCCCCCGAGCGACAGCUUCUCCGACGGCGACGUCUCGCGGUCCUUGCUCUACGCCAUCUCCAACAACAUUGGCCAGAUUGCCUUGCUGCAGUCCCAGAUCCACCAGUUGUCCGACAUUUACUUUGGCGGCUCCUUCAUCCGUGGCCACCGCCAGACCAUGAACACGCUGAGCUAUGCCAUCAAGUUCUGGAGCAAGGGCACCAAGCAGGCGUAUUUUCUGCGCCACGAGGGCUAUCUCGGUGCCGUGGGCGCCUUUCUCAAGAGGCAGCCCAAGAACUGGGGCCGCAGGGGGAGCUUGGAGGGCAUGGAUGAGAUGCUGGAGAUGAAGAGGAGCGUCAAAUCCGAGGAGGGGAAGGAGAAGUGA